UGGCGGACUAUUUCCGAUUGUGCUUUGCAGCAUCUCGUUAAGUGCCGAUUUGACCACUUUAUUCGAAAUGAUUAACUACAGGAAAAUUGUAUUUACCAAACUGUUACUUUGCUUUUAUAUGUCGGGUGCGUGGGGACGAUCAUGGGCUAACCAUCAUGACACGACUACGUCGACAACGCAAACUACUCCCACUACUAGUCCUAUACCAAAGAAUUUCCAUAAUGAUCCACUUAUCGUAGAAACCAAGAGCGGUCUCGUUAAAGGCUACGCAAAAACAGUAAUGGGCCGAGAGGUACAUAUUUUUACCGGCAUCCCAUUCGCUAAACCUCCCCUCGGACCUCUCAGGUUUCGAAAACCAGUUGCAAUUGAACCGUGGCAUGGGGUUUUGGAAGCCACGUCGAUGCCAAAUAGUUGUUACCAAGAAAGAUACGAAUACUUUCCCGGAUUUGAAGGGGAGGAAAUGUGGAACCCGAACACAAACAUAUCAGAGGAUUGUCUCUAUCUGAACAUAUGGGUGCCGCAACACUUAAGGGUCCGCCAUCACCAAGACAAGCCUCUUACAGAGAGACCUAAAGUGCCAAUAUUAGUCUGGAUUUACGGUGGUGGCUAUAUGAGUGGAACGGCUACACUUGACCUAUAUAAAGCGGAUAUAAUGGCUUCUUCCAGUGAUGUUAUAGUAGCUUCUAUGCAGUAUAGGGUUGGCGCAUUUGGAUUUUUAUAUUUGAACAAAUAUUUCUCUCCUGGGAGUGAGGAGGCGCCAGGCAACAUGGGAUUGUGGGAUCAGCAGCUCGCAAUUCGUUGGAUUAAGGAUAACGCACGUGCUUUUGGGGGUGACCCUGAUUUAAUUACUUUAUUUGGGGAGUCAGCUGGUGGCGGUAGUGUAAGUUUGCAUAUGCUUUCACCAGAAAUGAAAGGAUUAUUUAAAAGAGGAAUACUUCAGUCGGGAACUUUGAAUGCUCCUUGGAGCUGGAUGACUGGGGAGAGAGCGCAAGAGAUUGGGAAGGUGUUAGUUGAUGAUUGUAAUUGCAACAGCAGUCUAUUGUCUGCCGAUCCUAGCUUAGUUAUGGAUUGUAUGCGUGGAGUCGAUGCGAAGACAAUAUCAGUACAACAAUGGAAUUCGUAUACUGGUAUCUUGGGAUUCCCUUCGGCACCGACUGUUGACGGAAUAUUCUUACCUAAAGAUCCCGAAACCAUGAUGAAAGAAGGCAGCUUUCAUAACACCGAAGUACUUCUGGGAAGUAACCAAGAUGAAGGUGAGCACAUAUUUUUGCUGUACGAUUUCCUUGACUACUGAAAAGACGGGCCAAGCUUUUUGCAGAGGGAAAAGUUUUUAGAAAUCGUUGAUACAAUAUUCAAAGAUUUCUCAAAAAUUAAGAAGAAAGCAAUUGUGUUCCAAUACACAGACUGGGAAGAAAUAACUGAUGGGUAUCUGACGAAGAUGAUUGCUGACGUAGUGGGCGACUACUUCUUCGUCUGCCCCACUAACUACUUCGCGGAAGUGCUCGCUGACUCAGGGGUCGAUGUCUACUAUUAUUACUUCACGCACCGCACGAGCACCAGCCUGUGGGGCGAGUGGAUGGGCGUGAUGCACGGAGACGAGAUGGAGUACGUGUUCGGCCACCCCCUGAACAUGUCGCUCCAGUAUCACACAAGGGAGCGAGACCUCGCCGCGCACAUCAUGCAGUCGUUCACCAGAUUCGCACUUACCGGUAAACCACACAAGCCGGACGAGAAGUGGCCGCUGUACUCGCGCUCUUCGCCCCACUACUACACGUACACUGCGGACGGCACCAGCGGCCCAGCCGGGCCCCGGGGACCCCGCGCGUCCGCCUGCGCCUUCUGGAAUGAUUUCCUUAACAAGCUCAAUGAAUUGGAACAUGUCCCUUGCGACGGCGCUGUGACCGGCCCAUACAGCAGUGUGGCGGGCACGGCACUACCCUUAGUGCUGCUCACCACGCUCGCUACCACAGUAUCAUUGUAAAUUGCCAUCUCGUUCACGAGAAUAAUUUCGACAGACUUUCAAAAAAUAUUAAUUAUAUUUUGAUGUUGGUAGACAAAUUAUUUGUGUUAUAUUGCUAAUCAAGGUUUGUUCUGGUCAAUUUGUCUUAUAAAAUUGAAAUGAAUAUAAAGUGAGUGAAUCAAUAUCGAUUAUUAUAUUACGUUGGACAUUAAUCGUGUGAAUAUUUAGAAAUUGGUUUAAAUUCGAUUUCUUAAAAUAAUUGAAUUCAGAAAGUAAUAUUUUUAAUGAGGGUUGAACACUUUAAAAGAAAACAGUGAUGAAAGUGGAAAAAAGGAAGCAAAUGCUGGACAAUUAUUGAGUGUUGAAAAUAAUAAAGUGUUUACUAAAAUACUAGAUGGUUAUAAUUCAAUAAUAUUGUUUUUAAUAUUGAAUAAAUGUUUAUUUAAGGUUGAAUAAAUAUAAUCACUUAUGUAAUUGCUUCAUAAUAUAAAUUUAGCAAAUAUAUGUUGGAUUGUUAGAUAAUUUAGUUUCGACGAUGUUCCUGUACGUAGUUGGCGGUGAGAUAUUUCAUAUUGAACAUAACAUUAAUGAUAAGGUAUAAAAGUAUUACAGAUCGGCAGAUUAUGAUCCUUAGUAUGUGUUUGUGUGUUAUUAUGAUGUUAUAUUAGUAAAAUACGUUGGCUUUGAUUGUUGAAGCGAUGCUUUCACUCACGAUAGUACGAUAUAUCACUAUACAUAUCAAAGUGUGCCUCUGCUUAUAAGCAAAUGAUACAUAUCUUUAUUGUAGCAAAAUUUUAAGAUUUUAUAUCGGUCGGAUGUAUAUUGUGAGAAGAAUUUUUAACAAUAUAUUUACUACUAUUGUAUUUAGAACGCUAUUGAAUUCGAACCACUUGAAGAUCUUAUGAACUCUAAAUUCUUAUGACUUCGAACAGAUGAUAGUAUAUUUUGUAAAUAGUCCUUUCUUAAGAAUUAGUCGCGGUAUAUGAAUAUAAAUGCACAUGUAAACAACAAUUUUGUCUUGACUGACUGAGUAGGCGUACCGUUGCAUGUAAACCUACGAAUAUUAAAAAAAUCUGGAGUGAUAAAUAUUAUAUUUAUUGAAUGCACGACGUGAAGUCAAACUGAUGGAUAUCUUCUCUUCGUAGACAAAUAGCAAUCUUCGUAAUAAAAUAUUUUCAAAAUAAAAUUUAACAUUUACAUUCGGUAAUAGCCACGUAGAACGGGCACUGUUUUUAUUAUUUUAUGAUAUCGACGUAAUAUGACAUAUCAGUACGUGAUUUGUAGCUUAAUAAUGCUUUAAGUGAAAAUUGUCUUAUGAACUUAGUAACAAUUUUUAUACUUUUAACUAAUAUUUGUACUAAAGAAAAUGUUAGCGGUAAUAAAAUAUUUAUAAUCUAUUAUGCGAUUGUCAAUUACUAUCACUGAGCGAGUUUAAAAACGUUGGUGACAUUUUCUAAUCGACAUGCUAUGGCGAAUAUAUAUGUAUAUGAACUUGGGCAGAUACUUGUAACUUAACAUCGAACUAAUGUAUUGCGUUUAUUAGACGUAACAAACAUUGUAUAAGCCAUAAAUUAUUAUUGCAAUCAUAUUUUACUGACUAUCAAUAAAAUUAUAUAAUAUUUUAUCUAAAAAGCCUAAACGAAUUGCAGUCAUUGAUUAAUUUAUUAAAAAAUUUGUUUCGGAAUUGUGAAGUUGCAACAAAUACAUAGAAAUGUUACAAGUAAAUGCUCAAGCGUCAUUAGCAUUUCGUCGAACAUUCGCAAGAACGUUACAUUACGUUAAACUGCUAUUUAUGCUUUUGCUUGUAAUGUAUAAUUUGCUUUACAUUACAAGCAAAUGUGUAUUCACGCUUAGCACAUUUCCUUUACACGUGUUCAUUUAAUUCAUUCCACGAAAUCAACACUUACCAGUGAAAUGACACCUUUGUACUAUAAGCAUGUAGAGUUUAAUUUCCGAUACAUCACAGUAGAAGAUUGUAUUGUAUAUCUAGCUGUCUGUACACAUUAUAUAAAAUCAUUAAAAUUCGCACAACACUCGCUUUCACGUUGAAUUAAGGCACAAUUUGAGAAGUUGUAUGGGAUAGCUUUAAUUAGUAAUAGUUAUGUGUAAAAUGAUUUAAUUAAGAAUUCUAUAAUAAGUAGAUACUUCAAAGAAGAGCUUAUGGAUCUGCAGUUGCAAAAAUAACUAUAAAUCAGUUUGAUUGAUAGUAUAGACAAAUGUGUCAUUACACGAUAUAUAAACUUGAUAGUGUUUGAUGAAGUCAGUGUGAAAAUUGUUUUUGAACACAAAGUGAAAAAAACUAAAUCGGUAUGAAUGAAGUGGUGUAAUUGCUAUAAUGUAUAUUCUAUAGUGAUCUGCUUCAAAUGUAAUCAUAGAUUAAGGUAAUUUAGGAAAGAAACUGUACCUAUGUAUUACUUUUAAAAAUAAAGUUUGAAUGCCAACUUUGGAAUCAUGACAUCUAAGAAAAAACAAUUUUAUUCUUAUAAUGUUAUAUUUAAGGUAGCUGUUUAAUUACGCUAAAGUUUGUUCGUAUUUUUGUAAUAUGUUGUACCUUACAAGUCUACCUGUGAAUAUUCAUCUAAAAUUCUAUUUUCUUUAAUAUCAACCAUAUAAAAUCAUCUCAUACUGGCCUAA